GCAAAGACGCGCUGGCAACGCUUGUCGCAAACGAAAGUCGGGAAAACGGCAUUUUGGGUAACCGUCCAUCGAUUUGGCAGAUUCACGUCAGAUGGAAUCAACGGAGACAGCGUACAGUGCAUGCAAUUGAAGUGAACUUUACUUACUUAGGCGGCAGCAGGAGGAACGGCAAACACAAAUCGCAUCAUUUGCCUUCGAGCAUCGCAAUCGUUUGGGUGUUCUCAGUGCUUGGAAAUUACGGGCGAUAAUCGUGAAAGCGCACGGGGAGAACAAUAAUCGGCAAUUCAAUUAAAUUUGCUGGAGGCAGCACUAAACGCUAAUUAAGAUACUUUUUUUCAGCAAGUUUUAACGGCUUAAUAUAAACGACCCGGGCAGAGUACGAAAUAUAUAUAUUAAAUUCUGCUGACCCAAAAGCCUUUAAACUGGGUCAUCAGCAUUUUGGUGCGAGUGGAAAAAAAAAAGCGUAAUUUGUGCAUUUUUGUUGUUGAAACGAAAUGAACUUGAAACAAAAGAAACUUCAACAUUAAACUACGUGCGGAACAGAAUCAAGUGCAAUUGAGCAGUUCUCGAGUGGUGGCACUCCAACCCGAAAUAGACCAAGAAAACAGGCCAAUUGCCAAUUGCCAAUGACGUUGCCAGUCCAAGGUUCCCGAUUAGCUUGAAAGCAGCAUGAAAGGCAUCUGUGGCGAUGCCAAGCAGCAGCUGAACCAAUGCAUGCUGCUGGGCGAUUGUGAGAAUGCGACCGGGAAUGGGAACGGGAACGGGAAUGGGAACGGGAGUGGGAACAGUGCGUCUCCAGCUCAUUAUGGCGGACGCGUCUUUUGUGCCCGGCAAGUGCAUAGUCUGGCCAUACGCAAUACCAGCUCGUAUGAUACCAUGGAGCGACCCUUUCGACCGGACAAUCUGCGCGGUCGCUGGUCCAAAUCGGCUGACUUUUAUUUCGCCAGCUCGAGUUACGCCUUCAGCACAAUGGCCUUCUCGGAUGCCCCCGUCUGGGCUCUGAUGUUCGGCGGCUGGAAAUAUUAUCUAAGCGGCUAUCUGCUGGCAGUUUGCUUUUAUUCUCUGCCCAUAUUUCUUAUACAAACAUUUUUGGGACAGUUUUCCACGUCGGGCGCCAUCUCGGCGUUUCGUGUGUCGCCAAUAUUUAAGGGCAUUGGCUAUUCCAUUCUGUUGCUGAACCUGGGCACACUUACGUACUAUAGCAUCAAUGCGGCCGUACCAUUUAUCUAUGCCGUUAAUUCGCUGCGUGAGGUCAUGCCUUGGAUGAGCUGCAAUAAUACGUGGAAUACGCCGGAGUGUUCCACACACGAUCAUUAUAAUGAGGAAGAGCACGUACAAAAGCCACAUGCAAUUGUGGAAUUCUUUCAAUCUGUGAUAGGUUCGAUUGGACCAGAUUCCAGUGACUGGUCGCUAUCCUGGCCUAUGCUGCUGGCCAUUGCGGGCAUCUGGUGUGUGGUGCUGGCCCUGCUGCUAAGCCACGUCUCGCUGAUUGGGAAGGCGCUGCGCUGUGCCUGUGUGCUGAUGUUUGGCUUCUUUGUGGCCGUGUUUGUUUAUCUGGUGAUACACGAGCAGGUCAACUGGCAGAGUUUGCAGGAAUAUUUGCAUCCCACAAUACCCAGCUGGCUGGGCAUACAGUCGGCGCUGGGCACGGCCAUAUUGCAGGCAAGCAUGGUGCUGGGUCCCGGCUGGGGCAGCAUCAUAACCCUGGGCAGCUACAAUAGCUUUCGCAGCGAUGCCGAACGCCUCAGCAUUUGGGUGUGCCUCACCCAUGUGCUCAUCACGGUGAUGGCCACGGUGUGCGGUCAUGUGGCCAACGAUCAUUUUGAAUUGCAUGUGGCCAUGUGGCAUGUGGAGAAGCAGCACACGAUGCAGUUCCUAUAUCUAGCCUACGCCUAUCUCUUUGGCAGCUUUGCAACACUGCCUAGACUCUGGUCUUUCCUCUUCUUUUCUGUCAUAUUCCUAGCUGAAUUGAGUGCGCUGAUCAUUCAAAUGAUGUCCGUGCUAACAGCGCUCUUCGAUGAGUUUGAGCAGCUGCGCCCCAAAAAGAAACCUAUAACAAUUCUCCUGGCGCUCUGCCUGAUGGCCACAUCCAUCUAUUUCUGCACCCAGAGGGGCUUCAGACAAGUUAGCGCCCUGUCGUACAUGUCGCUGUUUACACAGAUUAUCAUCUCGGCCUUGUUAGUAAUGAUGGCCACCUGGAUCUAUGGACGUGUGCGCUUCCAGUGUGAUGUGCAAUUUAUGCUGGGCAAAACGAUCUCAAGUUUUAAAAUAUUUUGCAUACGCUUUGUGGUGCCCUUUUUUAUAGCACUCUCCCUGUGGGAGACUCUCCAUAUGCUAACAGCAAAUGGUGCCGGGGACUUGCUGAUCUGGAUCAGCCAGACUCUAAUCUAUUUACUUGCCCUGGGCUAUAUGCUCUACCGAUUAUCCCAGACGAAUGGCACUUGGCGCCAACGAACGAGACAAUGUUUUGCGCCGCACGAUUGGCAUCCGGUGAACGCGGACAAUCGUCGGUUCUAUGAGGAAAUCAUGGGCACAUCCGAAAUGCUUGUCAUUGACAAUGGCAACACCGCCUAAUAACUGCAUAGUGCCUACAAAAAAAUACUUACUCAUUUUAAUUACAUAUACUGUACUUAAGCGAAGGACCUUGAACUCAGGUCGAACUGAACUCAAUUGUGUGUAGAACAGCUGAAAUAUUUUAAAUUUACACGCAUCUAAAAACAAUGAGCGCAAGUUUUUUAAAUUAAAUGUACUGACAUUUUCCAAAUCUAGUUAUAGUGAACAAUAAACUGGUGAUAUUUGUAGUUGCAAAAAAAAAAGAAAUUAAAAUGCAAGAGCUUUUAUAAAA